AUGAAGUUAACUGCAGAUCUUAUACUGCAAAGUCCGCAGUAUACAAAUGCUUUGAGAGACAGAGAACUGGAUUUGCGGGGUUAUAAAAUUCCUGUGAUCGAAAAUCUUGGAGCGACUUUGGACCAGUUUGAUACCAUUGAUAUGUCAGAGAAUGACAUCCGCAAACUGGAGGGAUUUCCAUCACUCAAGAGAUUGAAAAGCCUACUUUUAAACAACAAUAGAAUAUGUCGUAUCACAGAACACUUGGAGGAGAGUCUACCAAAUUUAGAAACUAUUGUUAUGACAUCAAACAACAUGCAGGAAUUGAAAGACUUGGAUCCAUUGAAGUCUGUUAAAAGUCUCCAGUACCUCAGUUUGCUUCGAAAUCCAGUAACAAACAAACCUCACUACAGAUUAUACGUCAUCAACAAAUUGCCACAGUUAAGAGUGCUGGACUUUCAGAGAAUAAAACAACGGGAAAGGGAAGCUGCCAAAAGAAUGUUUAGUGGCAAACGAGGACAAGAGGGAAGUCAAAAGGGGAGAAAGGCUAAGACGUUUGUUCCUGGGGGAUCACCUGCUGGAGCAAGGCCUUUGCCAAGCAAACCUCUUCCACAACCCUCAAAAGACAUUGCUGCUAUUAAGGCUGCCAUUGCAAAUGCCCGCUCUCUGGAUGAAGUACAAAGACUUGAGAUGCUUUUAAAAGCUGGUCAGGUGCCCGGAGGAAACAAACAGAACAACAAUGUCGAUGAAGAGAUGGAAGAUUUGUCAAAUGGCACAUGAACAAACUCUCUAUCAGAUUGUUUCAUUAGUGUUAUGACUUGUUUUUUCUUUUUUUGUGCAUAGAUUUGUGGUCAACCUGACAGAGUUUCAGCAGUCCAUUGGAACUGGAAAUAUUUAUACUUUCCUCAAAGAUAUCAUGGAAUCAUGCUCAGUUUUAAUACCCUGCGUUGGGAAUGUCCCAUAAUGUUUCAUAUGAACUUUGCAAAACCAUCCUUCCCAAGACAAUAUAGUGUUGUGUAACAACUAAACUGGAAGUCACUUUCUAAAUUUUUCAAUGUCAAGGAUAUUGUUUUCUUUUGUAUAAGAUGAUAAAGAUUUCUGUAAUUCUAAACAUAGACAAAUAAGAAUACCUGCCAGCAUAUUGUGAAAGUUAGAGUUAAUAUGCAUUUUCAUCUUGUGAGACUGAACUUCUGAUGGGAUUACCUUAAAUAUCCUUAUUUCCACUUUUGUCUACCUUAGUGUAAAAUAACUUGUAUGUGUAUCCUCUCUGUUGUCUCUAGCUUUCUUUCUUUUUUAGAAAAUAAAAUCAGUGAAAAUGAAAA